AUCCAACCGCAGGAAAUUAAGACGUUGGCGCAACUGCUCAACUGCGACGUCAACAGAUAGACAGACCUCUUGGACAGACCAGGACAGACAGACAAAACAGUCUCCUGGAACAGACAACAAAACGAGAAGACAAUCAUGUUCAGGACCUAACCUAAUCUAACUAUCCAGGCAAGGAUAUUCUAGAGCACCAUUAUCAUUGUCCAAGUCUUAUUUUAUUUUGAUGUUAGUCAAUGUGCUUGCUUCAGCUCAAAUUUUAAUGCUACUAAUAAAAUGGGUUUAACCCCUCAGUAAUUUGAGGAAUUCAAACAGCUGACUAUGGGCAAUUCUCAUGUUAAAAAAUCCCAGAAAGGGGAGUCACAGGUUACUGCAACCAGACAACAGAAACGCUGUACUGAUAAAACAACAACAAUGGCUACAAAUGCAAGUGGCGAUUUAUCUGAUUCCUCCAAUUUUGAUCUCGAUUUAUCUGAUUAUCUUGAUAUACGUACAUGUAGUGUUCUACAACCUGUUGCUCCAAGAAGGAAGAGAAAGUCCUUGGCCAUGGCUGUUAACCACCCGGAGACAAAUUCAUGUUUAGAGUGUUCACUAGAAUCUACGACAAAUAGCAGAACUUUUCCCCAACUUUUUGAAGAAACAGAUUUCUGCCUUGUUUGUGGAAAGUUUGGCCUGAAAAGUGAACGUUCUCAUCAGUCGACCAAGAAUCAUAUCGAAAUAAGAGAGUUCCUUCUGAAGAGGAUUUACCCGUAUGGCUGCCGUGAAUGCCCUUUAAGAUUUUUGUGCAAGCAUGACUUACAAAACCAUGGUGUUUUCCACAAACAUUCAGCUUUUUCAAGACCAGUAGAGUUUGAUCCUAUUUGUUGUUACUUGUGCCUUUUGCCUUUCCAAAACAGCAGAUAUUUGCAGGAGCAUGAGCAAUUGGAAGAACAUCAACAGAGGAAAAGAAUGGCCAUGGAAAUGGGUCAAAGAGAGGCAAUUGGUGCAAAGGUUGUAAAUUUUAGUGUUGCAUCCACUCAAACCGAACUUCAAGACUCAUUAAAGAAUAUUGAUAAGAGUACUGCAAGUCUGAAAGAGAAGUCAAAUGAUGGAUCUUACUUUUGUUUUCCCUGUUCAGUUACUGUCCCUAAAGCAAAUGUGAUUACACAUGAAACAGGUAAAAACCAUAAAAAAUCCUGUGAAACUUGGGUCGCUAACUCUUCUCAAGUAGCAAAUAGUGUUGCAUCCACUCAAACUGAACAACAAGAAUCAUUAAAGAAUAUUGAUAAAAGUACUGCAAGUCUUAAAGCGAGUUCAAAUGAUGGAUCUUACUUUUGUUUUCCCUGUUCAGUCAAUGUCCCUAAAGCAAACGUGAUUACACAUCAAACAGGUAAAAACCAUAAAAAAUGCUGUGAAACUUGGGUUGCUAACUCUUCUCAAAAGUCCAUUCAGUACCAUAAAUCAACAGAAUUGGAGAAUUCUACUAAAAUGACUGCGUCAGAGUUCUCAAAAAUGAUUGGUAGUUUUCAUGAAGCCACUAUUUUGUCUUCGGACAAGACCAACAAUCUGAUCAAAGCCCAAAGUGAAAAAUCAGAUUUUGAGCAUCCCAUGAGUGACCUGGAAAUGGUGGAACCUCAUAAAUUGGAAUUAACUCCUCUGAACUUAGCUAGUUCUCCUUUGAAUGGGGAACAGACUAGUUCUACUGCUGAAGUUAAAAACAAUGAUGUUUCUAGCAUUCCAAAUGACCCAAAUGAAUCAAAAUGUGUUCCUGGUGUAAAUGGUGUGAAGAUCUUCAUCAAAGGAAAAUGUAUUACUCUGGAAGAUAUUAUUGAAGCUGUUACAGAAUAUUUUGUUAUUGAUGGAAUUGUGGAAACAAGGAAAAAGGUGCCAGUUAGUAACUUUGUGUGUACUAAGUGUAAUGUAGCUUGCAUUAUGUCCAAUAUGAUCUCUCAUAUGAUAUCUAAGGGACAUAGAGGUAUUGCACAAAAUCAAACCUUAAAUGAACUAGAGAAAAAACAUGAGAUUUUAGCAUUUCUUCAACUUGCAAGAGAUAGCCAUAAACUAUUGAAAAGUAUGGAUUUUGUCACUGUUGAGAAAACAUUGCAAGAGAUACAAAAUUUAAUUGAAGCUGGAAAUUUGGCUAAAGCUAAAAUGAUGGGUGCCAAGUUUGAUUCUGCUUCGCUUCCAGCUAUUUCCCAGCCAUCAUACAGCUCUACUGUUAGCGAAAGUUCACAAGAGUUGGAGGAAGUGGAUGUUGAAGGGAGAGUUAAUUUGACCGAUAACAUUGUGAUUGGAAAUUCAAAUUUGGGAAGUCUGCAAGAGGAAGUAGAACAAGCUCGUCAAGAAAAUGAUAUUGAUGAUUUUGAAAUGGAAUGUGGAAUUUGUGGUGUUGUGUUCCUCAUUUUUAAUGAUGAUGUGGAUUUUUCAUUUGAUAAGCAUAUUCAAGAUGAUCCACAACAUCAACUUGCCAUCGCUGUUCCUGUUGAAAGAGAUGCCAAAAGUAUGGCUGAAAUGUCCAAAACUAUACUUACACCUGUGGUGAAUAAAGCUCCUAUUAAUAAGCUUCCAAAUAUGAGGGCUGUUGUGACACAAGGAAGAUCCAAAGUUUGUGAGGAACUUUUAAAAGUAGAGCAAAAGUUUGUUUCAUUAGGCCAAGAUAGUUAUUUUACUUGUAAGCUUUGCUCUGUAACUAAAAAGAAAACUCUUGCUCUACAUCAUCUGAUAAGUAGAGAGCACUUGUCUGAUAAUUGGGCUGGUCACUUUACUGAUGUUGAAUUAGUGCAGAGGAGCAAAUUUCUUUAUUCUCUGUUAAAAUACAAGUAUGCUGUCACAAUGUUGACAAGUGCUAUUGAAAGAAUUAAAAAAAUCGUAGAAGACAGGUCUUUAAGUGAAUUUGAACAAUACCGUCUAAAUAAUGCUGUUGGGGAGCAGAAAGUCCCUGUCAACACUUCAAAAUGCAAUGGAUCAAAUGUGAUCAAUGUGAUCAAAACUGCUCAAGUUCAGCAGAGUCUCUCAUUCAUUAAUUCAAAUCAUAUUUAUUGUGAAAUGUGCUCUUUGAACAUAAGUGACUUAACCAGUGCAUCCAGAAGAAAACAUAGAGCUCAGUGCCGGAAAAUUCCAAUGGAAAAACUGACCCCGGUAAAGUCUUUGUCUCAAGCAUCUAAUUCAAACAAAGUUAAUCCUGUUAAACCUCCAAAAAAUAUCUAUUUUUGUGACAUUUGUCAAAAGAGUAUGUCCCACAAUAACAAGAAGAGUCACAUAUCUGGAAAGCUUCACAAAUCAAAAAUUGUAGUACAGCCUGAUUCAGGACAGGGUAAACCAGUCAUGCCUUGAGAAAAGAUGAUACCACUAUGGUAGUGGUAUGUAAUGAUGUGUUUUAUAACUAGCUUAAUUUCUGAGUGCUGUGAAAAUAUUAGUAUUUUUUAAAAUAAAAUUAGUUCUGUGACAAACCGUCCUUACUGUUACAUGCCACCUUUAAAGUAGGCCUCACAACAAAACUUUAUAUUAUUUGGAAUAUUUUGAUAAUUAAAGUAUUUUCAAAUCAAUGUUA